AUGUCUCCGUCCACUUCCUUAAUUCCAACGCAUGGUCGUGGGGCUGUGGUAUUUCGCGCCGCGAAACAAGCUACUCGCCUCCUUAGAGACGCUGGAUACACGUUUGCAAUCAUGGGGAGUUUGGCUUGCUAUCUCUAUGGAAAUGAACGCCCGCCAAAUGACGUCGACAUUUUGAUUUCAUCGUGUACCUGCGAUCUGGAGCCACUCAAGAAAUUUCUCGUCACCCAGAACCCGGAUAAUUUCUAUCUCGUGGAUGCCAAAUCACCUCGAGCUAGGUUCAAGGUAUUGUGGUACCAUGAUCAUGAUAAAGAUGGAAACCUGGAAAGAACCAAGGUCGAUAUCAUGAAACCGGGAACAAUGCAGCUGCCGAUGAUAUUUUCCGAGGCUAUCGUCGAUAAGCAGGGGCUUCCGGUUGUUCCCUUGUCGAUUCUGCUGCUGCAUAAACUCAGGGGUUGGGAGGAUAAUAUGAAAUCUAGGAAGGCGUAUCUUCGGAGGAAGCAUAACGCGAAUGUGGGAGAUAUAGGUUCGUUGCUGAAGAUCGUUAAUGAGGGUAUGGGCAAGCAGGAAAAGAGGAACUCGAAGCGUUGGAAACGGUUUGCACAGGAGCAGUUUAGUAAAAGAUUCCGGGAUGGGACGAAACGUCGAGUGAACGUUGUUCAGUGA